GAAUAGAACUUUCACUUUCGGUUGGGAAAGCAUCGGAAGAAGAUCUUUUGAGAAUGGUUCGAGUUACUGCUUACGUUCAUCAUCCAGUGUACAAUUAUAGUCACAAGUACAGAAACCUGGACAUGAUGACGAAGGACGUGAAGAAAUUCUUGCAGGAUUAUGACCAAAUUAUCCUGCACAAGGACCCCUACCGGGGAGUGUUUCACAGCUAUCUGCGGGAAAUUCGCACUAAGGUUAAACAGUUGCUGCUGAAAUUCGAUGCGGCUCCUUACGACGACGGAAGUGCGAAAACGGACAAGGAGUUGUUUUGCUGUGGUUUGGCGUUCCAUGAUGCUGGAGAGUUGCGGAGACACUAUAAAGCAGUACAUAAUGAACCAUUCAUACGAUACACGAAUGCAAUAGAGCUUAAAUCUGCAUUGGCAAAACUGGACCACAUGCGCCAUCGACUCAACGAAUAUAUCAACUUUGGAGAAGAAUACACCCUGAGUCUACUCAUCAACUUAAAGAGAAUGCUGAAGAAAAUUUCCAAUUCAUUAAAGUUUUAAACAAC